AUGGUGUUUCUCUCUGGAAAUGCCUCAGACAGCUCCAACUGCACUCACCCGCCGGCUGCGGUGAACAUUUCCAAGGCCAUCCUGCUCGGGGUGAUCUUAGGGAGCCUCAUCAUUUUCGGGGUACUGGGCAACAUACUCGUGAUCCUCUCCGUGGCCUGCCACCGGCACCUGCACUCGGUCACGCACUACUACAUCGUCAACCUGGCGGUGGCCGACCUCCUGCUCACGUCCACCGUGCUGCCCUUCUCCGCUAUCUUCGAGAUCCUGGGCUACUGGGCCUUCGGCAGAGUCUUCUGCAGCAUCUGGGCAGCGGUGGACGUCCUGUGCUGCACCGCGUCCAUCCUGGGGCUCUGCAUCAUCUCCAUUGACCGCUACAUCGGCGUGAGCUACCCGCUGCGCUACCCCACCAUCGUCACCCAGAAGAGGGGGCUCCUGGCGCUGCUCUGCGUCUGGGCGCUCUCCCUCGUCAUCUCCGUGGGGCCGCUGUUCGGCUGGAGGCAGCCGGCCCCGGAGGACGAGACCAUCUGCCAGAUCACCGAGGAGCCGGGCUACGUGCUCUUCUCGGCGCUGGGCUCCUUCUACGUGCCGCUCGCCAUCAUCCUGGUCAUGUACUGCCGGGUCUACGUGGUGGCCCGGAGGGAGAGCCGGGGCCUCAAGUCGGGCCUCAAGACCGACAAGUCGGACUCGGAGCAGGUGACGCUCCGCAUCCACCGGAAAAAUGCCCCGGUGGGAGGCAGGGGGAUGCCCAGCGCCAGGAACAAAGCGCACUUCUCCGUGAGACUCCUCAAGUUUUCUCGGGAGAAGAAAGCCGCCAAAACAUUGGGCAUCGUGGUCGGCUGCUUCGUCCUCUGCUGGCUGCCUUUUUUCUUGGUGAUGCCCAUCGGGUCUUUCUUCCCUGACUUCAAGCCCUCUGAAACGGUUUUUAAAAUAGCAUUUUGGCUCGGAUACCUAAACAGCUGCAUCAACCCUAUUAUAUACCCAUGCUCCAGUCAAGAGUUUAAAAAGGCCUUUCAGAAUGUCUUGAAACUCCAGUGUCUCCGCAAAAAGCAGUCUUCCAAACGGGCCCUGGGAUACACCCUGCACCCGCCCAGCCACGCCUCGGAGGGGCAGCACAAGGACCUGGUGCGCAUCCCCGUGAGCUCAGGAGAGACCUUCUAUAAGAUCUCCAAGACAGAUGGGGUCUGUGAAUGGAAGUAUUUCUCUUCCCUGCCUCGUGGAUCUGCCAAGAUUACAGUGUCCAAAGACCCAUCAGCCUGCACCACAGCCCGGGUGAGAAGUAAAAGCUUUUUGCAGGUCUGCUGCUGCAUGGGGCCCUCGACCCCCAGCCAUGGAGAGAACCAUCAAAUUCCAACCAUUAAGAUCCACACCAUCUCCCUCAGUGAAAACGGGGAGGAAGUCUAG